AUGGCAAAUCACCAGCUUCACACCCAUUCCCACCGGGAAAGCUUGACCUCUCUCUGCCGUGGUACCCCAAGUCCCAACUACCACGUUCUUUCGAAGAGCUCCUCAAAUCUGGCAAGCACCUGGCGGACAGACUCGGAAGGAAGGCAGAGCAGCAAGCAGGAGCUCCGGAAAAGCCUCAGCAGCACUGCCUGCCAAACCCGGGCCAGGGCAAGCGAUGCCGGAAGCACCCCGAGUUCUGAAUGGUCCUCAGUCCACUCAGAAAUCGUCUCCACUGUCAGGACGGUGAGCAGCUUGUCUCCAAGCGACAGUGGCCAGAGUGGCUCCAAGAGCACCAACCACUACCUGUCCGUUGACAAGUCAUCAGAGCCUAGGGAAAGAGCGGACCCUAGAAUGCAUGUAAGGAGCUCUAAGAAUGCGUCUCCAGCCUAUGAUGCAAAUUCACAACACGGGAGCGCAAUGGAAGAACUGGGAGCCACUGUCCAGAGAAGUCAUUCGGACUUGACGUGCAGCUGCAAGCAGCACAGUCCCGUUCCCCACAUGGAAACGAGCGCCACGUACUCUGCCGUGAGUUCCAACAGCAGCUAUGGGGCUUCUGCAGGCAACGUGGCUUUUCAAAGAACAAGCUAUGGAUCAAGCGCAUCUGAAAAUGCCUCAGAUGUCCACAGUCACGCAGCUCACAUCCCCAGCGUGCCUAAGGACCCAUAUGUGCCUGCUAACCUCUUUGACAACAUUUCACAUCAUCAGAUGUUUUCAGAUGCUGGAGCAAAGAGCACAACUGCCCUUGGAUCUCACGCCCCUGGAGAUAACUUCUCAAACUCUGCAACGUAUCCUCAGGGUGGACUCAUGUACAGUAACGUUUCCCCUGGCAUGUACCCACCUGGCCUGGUGGCCGUUCAGAACAGCACUGCACUGCCCUAUAAUAUAAGGCAGGAGUCUGCAGUGAAAGUGGAGGGCACCAGUGCAGGCUUUUGUCAUUCUUUGCCCAUACCUUCCCUUCAGUUCAUUCCGAGGUUAGUCUGUUCAGUUAGUGAAUCAGGAAAAGAACAAGUAAGCCCUGGAUAUUGUCCUUCUUUGCCUGCUACCGGGAUGGCGACACUUCCUAAACUGGUGUCGUCUGUUAGCGAAUCAGGUCUGGAUGCAAAACGCAUCUUGAGAUGCUGUAGCAUGCGUGGGGAACAUGAGUUGCAUGCGCAGCCUUACACCCAACAAAGCGGGGCCCAACAAGAAAUGAAAACUACCUACGUGAUGUUGAACAGCCAUCAAGAUGGUACGGAGGUAGUCAUGAAAACUAAAGACAUGUGGACUAUGACCUCGAUGAAUGACAUGAUCCGAGGCUUACAGCCUGUUCUUGAAUGCAAAGAUGCUGAAGUACAAACCAUCCCCACGAAGGAGUGUAAGUCUGUGGCAACAAGCCCCUCUGUUGUAGCAGAGGACCACCCUCAUAUGUACCCAGAGGUUAAUUUGGAACCUGAGGCAGAAGGAGAAAAGUCUCCAGUGCGAGAAGUGAGAUGGGAUGAAGAAGGCAUGACGUGGGAAGUCUACGGGGCGGAGGUUGAUCCAGAAGUUCUCGGUCUGGCCAUUCAAAAACAUAUUGAAAUUCAGAUUGAACAGUUGCAGUCAGAAUCCGUGAUGCUCUCUAAGAAAAGUACUGACGAUGUGCUGCCAGAUAAAGAUGAAAAGAGAAUGUCUUUCAGAACAAUGAUGUAUUGCCUGAGAAAUCCAAGUUGUUGUGCUGGUUCCAACACGGCAGUGGAAUAA